AUGGCCACUACCCCAGUCCUGGACCAGGAGGCAGAGCACAGCAUGGACGUCAUCCUGGUGGGCUCCAGUGAGCUGUCAUCCCCACCAUCACCUGGGCCCCGCAGAGAUCUUAUUGCAUAUGAAGUCAAGGUUAACCAGCGAGACAUAGAAGACAUGUGUAUCUGCUGUGGAAGUUUCCAGGUGCACACGCAGCACCCUCUGUUUGAGGGCGGGAUGUGUGCUCCGUGCAAGGACAAGUUCCUGGAGUGCCUCUUCUUGUACGACGAGGACGGGUACCAAUCCUACUGCUCCAUCUGCUGUGCGGGAGAAACGCUGCUCAUCUGCGAAAACCCCGACUGCACCCGAUGCUACUGUUUCGAGUGCGUCGACACCCUGGUGGGCCCCGGGACCUCGGGGAAAGUUCACGCCAUGAGUAACUGGGUCUGCUUCCUGUGCCUGCCCUUCCCCCGCAGUGGACUGCUGCACAGGAGGAGGAAGUGGCGGGGGUGGCUGAAGGCCUUCUACGACCGGGAGGCGGAGAGCCCCCUUGAGAUGUACAAAACGGUGCCCGUGUGGAAGAGAGAGCCUGUCCGGGUGCUGUCCCUUUUUGGGGACAUCAAAAAAGAGCUGAUGAGCUUGGGCUUUUUGGAAAAUGGCUCUGAGCCAGGAAGACUGAAACAUUUGGAUGAUGUCACCAACGUAGUGAGGAGGCAUGUGGAAGAAUGGGGCCCCUUCGACCUCGCCUACGGCGCUACGCCCGCCCUGGGCCACGCCUGCGUCCAUCCCCCGGUGUGGUACCUGUACCAGUUCCACCGCAUCCUGCAGUACGCGAGGCCCCGGCAAGGCAGCCCCCAGCCCUUCUUCUGGAUGUUCGUGGACAACCUGGUGCUGACCGAGGAUGACCAUGUCGUGGCCACUCGCUUCCUGGAGACAGACCCGGUGACCAUCCAGGACGUCCGCGGCAGGACCGCGCAGCGCGCCGUGCACGUGUGGAGCAACAUCCCCGCUGUGAAGAGCAGGCGUUCGGCUCUGGUCUCCCGGGAGGAAUUACCCCUGCCGACUCAGGACAGGCAGAGAGCAAAGCCCCCCGCCCAGGGCCCAGCCGCCCUGGUGAAGAACUGUUUUCUCCCCCUGAGAGAAUAUUUCAAGUAUUUUUCAACAGAACUCACUUCCUCUUUAUAA